AACUCAAGAGAUCCACCUGCUUCUGCCUCCCUGAGAGCUGGGAUUACAGGCGAGUGCCACCGUACCCGGCUUCAGAUUUAUUUUCACUUAAGGAUUUGCCUGUGUAUGUUGCCCCGCUGAGGUCUGAUGAGGGCCUCAAAUCCCUUGUAACUGGGGGUAGAGGCAGCCGGGAAGCCACCUGGGAACCUAACUCUGGGCCUCUGUAAGGGCACUGUACACUUUUAACCCUGAACAAUCUCUGCAGCCCCUAAGAAUAGAAGACCCUCAUGGUGCUUGCUUUAAAAAAAACGGGGAUAAAAGCGGUCCAAGGAAGGUCGUUUAACACACUAAUUAAGCACUGGGUAUCUGUGAGCUGUGGAUGAGCAGAGCUGAGAGGCUGCCAAGUCGUAGCUUCAGUGACGGAUGGACAGUAGGCAAAAAUAACCCUGUUACCAAGAACCUUGGAGUUCCCAGCUCUGAGGCUUUGCGGCAAGUUGUGGCAACUACGGAAGAAACCAAUUGCUGGAGUGGCAGGGUGGCUUGUGCGCGUGCGCCAGCGGUAGAACGCAACUCCGCCCCCAAAACCUGUAUGGGAUUCUGUGUGGACCUGCACGCCUGCUGGGCACCAUGCGACUGGAAGCGAUCCGCUACUCCCCGGGCUCGCUGCAGAUCCUCGACCAGCUGCAGCUGCCUGAGCACUGCCACUACGAGGCGCUGAGCUCCGUGCAGCAGGCCCGGGAGGCCAUCCGCGCCAUGAAGGUGCGCGGCGCCCCCGCCAUCGCUCUGGUGGGCUGCCUGAGCCUGGCCGUGGAGCUGCGGGCCGGCGCCGGCGGCCCGGGGCUCGCCGCUCUGGUGACCUUCGUGCGAGACCAGCUGCGCCUCCUCGUUGCCGCCCGGCCCACCGCUGUCAACAUGGCCCGUGCCGCCGGAGAUCUGGCUCGCGUGGCGGCCCGGGAGGCUGAACGAGAGGGUGCCACUGAGGACACCGUGCGGGAAAGAGUGAUCCGCUCCGCCGAGGACAUGUUGGAGAAGGACCUCAGAGAUAACCAGAGCAUUGGGGACCUGGGAGCGCGCCAUCUCCUAGAGCACACCAGCCCCAAGGGUGGCAAGGUGACCGUGCUGACCCACUGUAACACUGGUGCUCUGGCCACUGCUGGCUAUGGUACAGCCCUAGGUGUGAUCCGCUCACUCCACGAGAUGGGCCGUUUGGAGCAUACCUUCUGCACAGAGACCCGGCCCUACAACCAGGGAGCCCGGCUGACAGCCUUUGAGCUGGUAUAUGAGCAGAUCCCUGCCACUCUCAUCGCUGACAGCAUGGCAGCUGCUGCCAUGGCACACCAGGGUGUGUCAGCUGUGGUGGUGGGAGCUGACCGUGUCGUUGCCAACGGAGACACAGCCAACAAAAUAGGCACCUACCAGCUGGCCAUUGUCGCCAAGUACCACGGUGUCCCCUUCUACGUGGCUGCCCCCAGCUCAUCCUGUGACCUCCAUCUAGAGACCGGAAAGGAGAUUGUCAUAGAGGAACGCCCCAGCCAGGAGCUGACUGAUGUCAAUGGAGUCAGGAUUGCAGCACAGGGAAUCCGGGUUUGGAAUCCUGCCUUUGAUGUCACCCCUCACGAGCUCAUCACCGGUGGCAUCAUCACUGAGCUGGGUGUCUUUGCCCCUGAGGAACUCCGGACAGCCCUGAGCGCCUCUGUCUUCUCAGAGAAACGGACUUUCGACAGUGCCCAGAUGUGACUAGCUGGCCCUCCCUGCCCUGCCUUGCUUUCCUCUGGUUUUAUAAUAAAGUUCUCAAAUGGUUA